UGGCAUUUGAUUGCUUCAAUUUAUAUUCUCCGUUCAGUAGCUCUUAUUUGUUGCUUUUGCUGGCCUUUGUCACGCUCUUAUCAAUUCAGGUGACUUUGUGGGAUUCUUUGUGUUUUAAUUUUUCUAUUUACUGUUUACAACCCCCCCUCUUAUCUAUGGUGGGAGCUAGGAUUUAUUGACCGCUUGAUCGGAGCAAAGCUUUAUUUAUUUGAUCUUGUCGGAAAUAAUUGCUCGACAGGCUAUUUCUUGCAUAUUCUGUAUAACAUAUUAUUAUAAGAAAUACAGAAUAUGAGGUUGAAUUUCAGUGAGCCUGCGACGCCGAUUUUGAGCCGUCAGAAUACGACGCAUAAUGGGGGAGCAUAUCACUAUAGACAUGAGACUCAUCCGCAUCGACUAUCCUCACGAAGAAAACCACGAAGAUGGCCGCUAGUCUUUCGAUUUAUCAAGGGUGCUAUCCACGGCGCGAUUCUCUUGCCUGUUAGCCUACACGCCUUGUUCACGGCCUUUGUUGUAUUCCUCGACACAUAUGUAUUUACCGUUGGAUUGCCAGCUACCAUUAUCCCCUCCUUGUCCAUCGUCGUAGGUUUGAUGCUCGUCUUUCGAAAUCAAACCUCCUACAAUCGUUUCUGGGACGGCCGGAACGCAUUAAAUACCCUCAACACUUGCGUGCGGAAUCUCGUUCGGACAAUCGUCACAAAUUCGUACAGUACUGAUGGUCCCCUCUCUGCCGCUGAGAAAGAAGAUAUCGAACGUACUAUCCGUGUCCUCAUGGCUAUACCGUUCUCGGUCAAAAACCAUCUCCGCGCUGAAUGGGGUGCUGCUUUUGCCUUUGAGUAUGAUGUGGACGAAAGUGGUGCUGCUGCGUAUAAUCCCGACUAUGCUGGUCUUUUGCCAGAUGGAUUGGAAGGCCAUGAGGAUGAGGGGCUGGGGCUUCCAUUCCAGUUGACCUUUUUUAUUGAUGGGUUUGUUAAGAGGGGUGUUGAGAGGGGGUGGUAUAAUGCUCCCGGAGCGAGUCAGAUGCAGGCCCAGUUGAACACCUUGACGGAUGUAUAUGGCAAGAUGGAAACAAUAAAGUUGACUCCUAUUCCUGUUGCUUAUCUAAUACAUCAGAAACAAGUACUCGCCCUAUUCGGAUGCGUGCUUCCAUUCGCCAUGGUAGAUGAAAUGGGUUGGUGGGCAGUGCCUAUAACCAGCCUAGUCAUCUUCACCUUAUAUGGCAUCGAAGGAAUUGGCUCCCAACUUGAAGAUCCCUUCGGAUAUGAUCGUAACGACAUCAAAAUGGAUGCUCUCGUCGGCGACGCCAAGACAGAAAUAGACGUCGUACUUUCGGAGUGGCGGAAACUAGUUAAGUCGAUGGAAUCGGCAUAUAUGGGAAAUGACGAGCAGCGUGUUGCCAAUGGGAUGACUCCAGUCAACAGGAAGGAGGGUAAAUAUGCGCCACCGGAUCUGUUUUUGAGAACUAGACCACGGACUGCUCGUUAGCCAAGACAGGAUCGAACGGUUCUCUCCCUGGGUAUUGAUGGGCAUUCCUUGAUUUUCCCGUUGACCCAAGAUACCCAUAUAAAAUACUUGUUCAAAUGUUGUGCCUGUGCGCUUAGAAUACUUGUCACACAUACAGCCUAUGCACAGGCUAUGCUUUUAGGUUUCCUUUGAGUCGUGGUAUAUGUACAAACUUGGAUAAUUUCAC